AUGGGGUGCAGCCUGGCCAGUGCUUUGUCAGGAUGUUAUGGUAGAAGCAAUGAUGGGAAUCCCGUUUCUCCGUUUCCACUAAUAUCACAACCCUAUUACUGCGCUGAGUGCCACAAACAUUACAGCAAUAGGAGCUCGUUCCUAAGGCACCAGAGGACUCACAGAAUGGAGAAACCCCACCACAAGUGCCGGGAAUGUGGGAAGGGAUUUGCCAGACUCUCCCAGCUCUCUCUGCACAGCAGAACUCACACCAGGGAGGCAACGUGUUUGGGAAAUGGGCUGAAAGAAAGCAGCGAUCUCCAUCAACUCUUCUGGCCUCGCAAGGAAGAAAUCAGAUGUAAUCAGAGCUUCCCCCAAAGCUGCGAUCUUGAUUGGCACCUCGGAACCCACACGGACCGCACCCCGUAUACUUGCUCCGAGUGCGGCAAAACCUUCGGGUUAAGGUCCGACCUCACGAACCACUUCAGGAUUCACAAGGGGGAGAAGCCAUUUUCCUGCUUGGAAUGCGGCAAAUGCUUUAAGCGCAGCUCGGAGCUCGUCAUCCAUUACAGGAAUCACACGGGGGAGAGGCCGUUCGCUUGCGCCCAGUGCGGGAAAUGCUUCUCCCAGCGCCCCGCCCUCAAUAAGCAUCGCAGGAGUCACAUGAUCAGGAAGCCAUUUUCCUGUCCUGAAUGUGACAAGUGUUUUAUACAAAGGUCCGACCUUAACAGGCAUCAAAGGAUUCACACCAGAGAGAAACCAUUUGCUUGUGGGGAAUCUUUCCUGCACAGCUCGGGCAGCCACAAAGGGAAGGAACUGUUUUCCUGCACUUAA